AUGGGCAACACGCAAAGUUCCAGUGACUCAACACUAACCAGCAACCCGCUCGACAAGGUGAAGAACCGGUACUCGCGAGCAGACCUCAAGUCACCGUUCAAGGCAGCUUUUGGUGGGUCGUCACGGCACAACGGGAAGGGGCGGACGGGGUCAAACGAGGCUCCGUCAGCGGGCUCAGCAACUCCCGCAGCAGCGGCGUCGGCGGUGGCAGUGGCAGUGGCGGUGGGGGCAUCGUCGUCGCAGGAGAGCUCAGACUACUCGCGGCCGAUCUACGAGACUGCGCCUCCUCUUCCCCCGCGUCCACCCUCAGAGAUGCCCGUCACAGUGCCCUGUCAGUAUCGCACCGGAAAGACGCUCGGGAGCGGCACGUACGCCAUCGUAAAAGAGGCGAUCCACAUCCAGACGGGCAAGUACUAUGCCUGCAAGGUGAUCAACAAGCGGCUCAUGGAGGGGCGGGAACAUAUGGUCCGCAACGAGAUCGCCGUUCUCAAGCGUGUCUCGAGUGGGCACCCCAAUGUCGUGACCCUCCACGACUACUUUGAGACCGCCCACAACCUGUACCUCUGCUUCGAUCUGUGCACGGGAGGCGAGCUCUUCGAUCGGAUAUGCGCCAAGGGGAACUAUUACGAGUCGGACGCCGCGACGCUUGUGCGGACGAUCUUCAAGGCGGUCAAGUAUAUCCACGACUCGGGGAUCGUGCAUCGGGAUCUCAAGCCCGAGAACCUGCUCUUCCGGACGCAGGCAGAGGAUGCGGACAUCAUGAUCGCGGAUUUCGGGCUGAGCAGAGUCAUGGAGGAGGAGAAGUUGAACCAGCUGACGGAGAUUUGCGGGACUCCAGGAUACAUGGCCCCCGAGAUCUUCAAGAAGAUUGGCCACGGCAAACCCGUCGACGUCUGGGCCAUGGGCGUGAUCACCUACUUCCUGCUCGCCGGAUACACACCCUUCGACCGCGACUCGCAGCAACAAGAGAUGGAAGCGAUCAUCGCGGGCGACUACAAGUUCGAGCCGGCAGAGUACUGGCAGAACGUCACCGAGACAGCCAAGGAUUUCGUACGAACGUGCUUGACAGUCGACCCUGCGAAGAGGCCGACAGCUGCUGCUGCCAUGACGCAUAAGUGGCUCGCGACGCCAGAGACGAACUUCGUGCUCGACCAGACAGGCGCACCCGCCGAUCUCCUGCCAAAUGUCAAGAAGGCGUUCAACGCCAAGCAGCUCUGGCGCAAGGCUGCCUCGACGAUCAAGGCCGUCAACCGGAUGGCCAUCCUCGCCCAGGCGGACCCGAACCUCGUCAAGAUGCGCGAGGACCUCAACAUGUACAAGGAGGAGUCCGCCAAGGAAAACCUCGAAAACGUCGACAUCACGUACCAAGAAGGCGCCGCAGCAGCCAAGAAGACAGACGACAUCUCCGCCGAGGGCAACGAUGAUCUCACAAGCAAGCUCGCACGCGCGAGCCUCGACGUGAAGGACAAGGCCGUCGAGGCCGGCGCCGACAAGUAG